CCCCGCUGUUGUUAUUGUGGGGCUGGGCUGCGCCGCGCGAAGAUGGCGGCCGGGCAGGGGGGCGGCGGCGGUAACGGCGGUAACGGCAGCAACGGCAGCAAUGGCAGCAAUAACAACGGGCCGGGGGGGCUGGGGAUCCCCGCUCACCUCACUCUGUCCUUCUCUGCCGGGCCGCAUUGGGGGGCGGCCACCCUUCCUCAGCCUCACACGGUGCGCAGCUUGGACCGGGCCCUGGAAGAGGCGGGCAGCUCGGGUAUCCUGUGCCUCAGCGGCAGGAAACUGCGAGACUUCCCCGGCAGCGGCUACGACCUGAGCGACACCACGCAAGCAGAUCUUUCCAAGAACAGAUUUACUGAAAUUCCUCCUGAUGUCUGGCUGUUUGCACCACUGGAGACGUUAAAUUUGUAUCACAACUGCAUCAAAUCCAUUCCAGAAUCUAUAAAAAACCUGCAGAUGCUGACCUACCUGAACAUUAGUCGAAAUCUUCUGUCAACGUUGCCAAAAUACCUGUUUGAUCUUCCGCUUAAAGUUCUGGUUGUCAGUAAUAAUAAGCUGGUCUCCAUUCCAGAAGAAAUUGGGAAGCUGAGAGAUCUGAUGGAGUUGGAUAUUAGCUGCAAUGAACUUCAGGUUCUUCCCCAGCAAAUAGGAAAACUGCAGUCACUUAGAGAAUUAAACAUAAGAAGAAACAAUCUCCAUAUGUUGCCAGAUGAAUUAGGAGACCUUCCAUUGGUAAAGCUGGAUUUUUCUUGUAAUAAAAUUACAGAAAUUCCAAUUUGUUACAGAAAGUUACGUCACUUACAAGUCAUAGUUUUGGAUAACAAUCCAAUGCAGAUACCACCAGCACAGAUAUGCUUAAAGGGUAAAGUACAUAUAUUUAAAUUCCUCAGCAUUCAGGCAUGCCUCAGAAUAGAUAAAAAACCAGAUUCCUUGGAUCUUCCAUCUCUGGGUAAACGAAUCCCCUCCCAGCCGCUCACAGAUAGUAGCAUAGAGGACUUUUAUCCCAAUAAAAAUCAUGGACCAGACUCUGGCAUUGGAAGCGAUAAUGGAGAUAAAAGAUUGUCCACAACAGAACCAUCUGAUGAUGAUACAAUCAGCCUUCACUCCCAGGUAUCAGAAUCAACAAGGGAACAGACAGUGAGGAAUGACAAUCAUGUAAUGGGGAGUAAACUCGAUCCUCAGAAAGACCAGGAGGUGUAUGAUUACAUUGAUCCUAAUGCAGAGGAGGGAGCUGUUCCUGAGCAGGGAGAUGUGCAGAUUGGACCAUUGUUGUCUUACAUAAAGGAACGAGGAAAACAUCCUGAGAAAUCCCAAAAGAUAGAGCACAAUGAGGACUGGGGAGAUGAAAAAAGGCUCCAGAAAGAACAGCUGCUGGCUGAAGAAGAUGAUGAAAUCAAGGAAGUGACCGACUUGAGAAAGAUAGCUGCACAGUUACUGCAGCAAGAACAAAAACACAGACGAAGGCCAUUAAGCUAUAGAACUUCAUUCAGUGAAAAACUCUUCCAGAGGACGAGGGCGGCAGGACGUGCAUCCAGGCUUCUUAAUCAUUCAGCCUCAGUAAGCACAAGGAACAGGCCAAAGCAGCCAGUGGAGUCUGAAAAAUGUGUCUCAACAGAUGAAGUGAAUUCUCCAGUGUCUCCGUACAGCUGGCAGCCACUGGAAAACCAGAAGGAUUCAAUGGAUGAUCAGCGUUGGCCAGAAACACAGCCAAUAAUUUGGCAGAAUGAAGAAAGGAGGAGAAGUAAACAGAUAAGAAAAGAGUAUUUCAAGUAUAAAUCCUCCAGAAAGAGUUCAAGUGGAAAUGAAAACGAUGAGCAAGACAGUGAUAAUACUAAUGUGUCCCCACAGUCUCCUGUGUCGUCCGAGGAUUAUGAGAGGACUGACAGUAACACUCACGGUCCAUUUGGUCUCAAACCGAGGUCAGCUUUCAGCCGUGCAGCUCGCCAGGACUAUGGAGCAAUGGAUCCUGGAUUUACAAUGAGGAGGAAAAUGGAGCAUUUGAGGGAAGAAAGGGAACAAAUAAGACAACUUCGCAAUAAUCUUGAAUCAAGGUUAAAAGUGAUCUUGCCAGAUGACAUUGGGGCAGCACUGAUGGAUGGAGUGGUUCUUUGCCAUCUAGCCAAUCACAUAAGGCCACGCUCUGUUGCCAGCAUUCACGUACCAUCGCCAGCAGUGCCUAAACUCAGUAUGGCAAAGUGCCGAAGAAAUGUUGAGAACUUUCUGGAUGCUUGUAAAAAAUUGGGUGUUCCACAGGAGAGACUUUGCUUGCCUCAUCACAUACUGGAGGAAAGGGGUCUGGUGAAGGUUGGCCUCACAGUUCAAGCUCUGCUCGAGUUGCCCACGUUGAAAGUAUCUCAGCUUUCCGCCAUGUAACGCUAUUUCGUGGAAGCUCUGGAGCAGUUCAGCUUCCUACAUAGGAUUCCUACCUAGGAACAUCCAAGCCAUCAAAAACUAAUGUCUGUCCAGAUGCUGUAGAGAGCCUUACUUUGGAAUUAUACAUGAAGACCUUCGAGUCAGCUGAUGUUAAAAUACCAUAAUGAUUCGUUUCCUUUUGUAGUUGGAUGCACAAAGAUGUUGGUAGCAUCAGGUUCCCUUUCCAUUUAAAAGUUAAAAUUUUAAGUUCCAAAUGACCAUUUAACACCUCACAGUGUUACAGUUAAAUGCUGGAUUUCUUUUUCUACAUUGGAAACGGUUUUUGAAUUAAUUCAGAAGUACAAAACCUGAUCCUCCUUGCUUGAACUAUGAAGGCCAACUAUCUGAUUUAAAGGUAAAGCGAAAACGUGGCGACGGUGUGACGGUAAAAACGCAGUGACUGAUAGCUAUAAUCCACUUCCACUCUCUUAGAAACCUUAACAUUAGUGUUCUCUCUUUUAAUUUUUGCACUCCUGAUUGUAACUUACGCACUUCCAACAUUGCCAGUAUUUAGUCUGAGUGUGUGGUGACGCAAAGCAAUGGGAAAAAGGACACGCUGAGGUUUUCUUUUUCCAGUCUUCUAGGUUGGUGCCAAAUAUUUUUAUUUCAGUUGUACUGUAGAUUGUUUACAUGUGAAGUGCCUGUGUAACUGAUAACUCUUCAUAGUCUUAAAACAUUUUUUGAGAUUUCUUUGUUGAAAAUAGAUAAAAAACGGGAAUUUUUAAAUAUUUUAAUAGUUUUUUUGUAAACUCGAUAUGUGGAGAUUGAACUAAUAACGCUUCACAUUUUUUGAUGUUGGGUGUUUUUAAGUUUGUUGCACAGUUGAUUAUGUCGUUAUCUAAUAAUUAGAAAAGACUGUAAAUACACUUUAUUUAUGAUAUUUAAUUUGAUAAUACCUAAUCGGUUCCUGUUUGUUUUUAAUGUAUUGUUGGAUACAAACCAAGUUGUCUACUUUUCUUUGCUUGGGGCAAACAAACACACGCGGUGAGCAUGACGUGAGGACUCGUGAUGCGUACAGAGGAAUUGAAGACAUUUUGAUAACGCUGCCAAAAUCUCAGGUUUAUUCGGUGAAUUCCAGGACUUCAUGUAAUACUGCUCUUGAAUUGACAUUAUGUUUUAUUUACAGUUACCCAUCAUUUAGUUGAGGAAUAUCAGCAUUUACCUUUGUCACGUUUGCAGGGUUUCUUGUGUGGUUUGCAUAAGAGCGUGGCAUAACACACAGAUCAAUUUGUACGGAUGUCACUGAGAUGUGAAAAAGCAGAAUUCCCAUCAUGCUGCUUCUUUGUUUUUAUCUUCAUGUGUUCUGCACAGGUUCUCGGUAUUUUGAGAGCAUUCUGAAACCACGCACAGAAUACACAGCUGAAUUCAUUUCCAAAGAGGCUGCGGAUAAUUUGGUCAUUUCGGUGGCAGUUUGUUGAAGAGGUAGUUCAUAUGAAUAUUCUGUCUUAGGCUGAAUUAGUUUCAACUGAGGGAUGUGUCUGCCACGUGUGUAAUAGGAUUCAAUUCUGUCCUUUAAUGUUUCACAGCUCAUUGAAAAGCUGGUGUAAAACUACAUUUCCAAAGCCCUAGAUCUAAAACCUUAACUUCCUUAAACAGAAUACGUGUGUGAUCUGUAUUGUUUUGACCUUUUGAAAUGCUGUAGAUGCUGUAUCUCAAAUUAGUUUUUGUAUCGUUCACACAAUAUUCAUUUUUAACAACUUAAAUCUAUUAUUUACAAGAGGCAGCAUCUAUAAUUCUGUGACCUGAAGUCACGUAAAGACUAAAAUGAGAAGGUGAUAUGUUUCAUUAAGCAGAUUUCUUGUUGCUGUGUGCUGCAGUUGAAGAACACAACCAUCCAACAGGAGUAACUCAUUGUCUUUCAGUUCCUUGCUGUAUAGUAUCUGAUGGCUGUAACAGUUCUGUUUCAGUUUAUUGGCCAUUGGAUUGCUGGCUGUGAGUUGUCACUUUAUAUUACUUGGUUUAACCCAAUUCACACUGCUACUUAAUUGUCUUUUACAUUUUUUUUUCUUGAUUUAAACACUUUUCAUCCAAAUAGAGCGAAACUUCUCAACUUGCCACAUCACAGUGUAAACAUUAAGAAUCCUCUGUAAGUAAUGUACCAGAUGUUUUUCGGUUACAUGGGAUUAGCGUGUUGUGUCCUAGUACCAUGAUAACUAGAUAUGGAAUUCAUGUCCUUAUCUUCAAUUGUACCUCUGAAAUUGAAAACUACAGAAAUAACCCUUUGUAACCACUCCAGAAUCCUUCCCCAUUGAGUGUGCUGGGAACAACCUUGCUUUGAUUUCUUUGGAAAUUAUUACAGCCUCCUUAAUGCCUAUGGGGAAAAUAAGUCAUGAUACUUAGAGGAUUUCCUUUUUAGCACUGCAAAAAGUUAAGAGUUUCCAGUAUCCUUAAGAGCAAACUGAGUCAAGCUCUGCUGUACCUGAAUGAAUCUCUUCUCAUUUUCCUGUAGCCACAUUUCCAAAUAGUACUCUGGAGCAAUGCUACAAAAAAAAAAAACAAUAUGCAAAAUGAAAA